UUUUUCGUGACUGCCAAUCUCCCUCCGUUCCCUACACCCCCGUCUUCUUCUAUUCCUACCCCCCCUUUUCCUUUUUCUCCGGAUCUGCAUUGCGAGAGGAUCUGGUCGAGGUGUGGGGGAGAACAGAGGUUGGAGGCCCGGCUUGAGCAGUAGCAAAGUCAUCGCUCUCUCCCCCCACCAACCCCUCCCCUCCUCUCCCCCCCCCACCAACCCCGUAGUAGGCUCCGCACUCCGCUCCCUCCAUGUCUUUAGGCAGCGGCAGCUGCGAGUAAAAGAAUAAAAAAGGGGGGGAAGGAGAGAGGCUCCCCCCCCCGAGAUACACACAGCCGCCUCCUCUCCAGCGAGACCCGGUUGCUUCCUGCCCCACUCCCUUUUCCUCUCUCUGUUUCUCGGCUGCGGCUGCCCCCUCCUUUGCGCCCCCCAACCCCCGGCCUUUCCUCCCCCCCACCCCUUCCCUUUCCCCCCCUUUCCAUUCCGCUCCCCCCCCCAAGAUGGGCUGCUUAGGGAACAGCAAGACUGAGGACCAGCGCAACGAGGAGAAGGCGCAGCGGGAGGCCAACAAGAAAAUCGAGAAGCAGCUGCAGAAGGACAAGCAGGUCUAUAGGGCCACGCACCGGCUCCUCUUGCUGGGUGCUGGUGAAUCUGGUAAAAGCACAAUUGUCAAACAAAUGCGGAUCUUGCAUGUGAAUGGAUUUAAUGCAGAGGAGAAAAAAAUGAAAAUUCAGGAUAUUAAAAACAAUAUUAAAGAAGCUAUAGAGACAAUAGUGACAGCAAUGGGAAACCUGGCACCUCCAGUUGAACUAGCCAAUCCAGAGAAUCAGUUUCGAAUUGACUAUAUAUUAAACUUAGCAAGCCAGAUAGAUUUUGACUUCCCACCAGAGUUCUAUGAACAUACAAAAACACUUUGGCAAGAUGAAGGUGUGAAAGCCUGCUACGAGAGAUCUAAUGAAUAUCAGUUGAUCGAUUGUGCACAGUAUUUUCUAGACAAGAUUGACAUAGUCAAGCAAAAUGAAUACACACCGUCUGACCAGGACCUUCUUAGAUGCAGAGUUCUGACAUCAGGAAUAUUUGAAACCAAGUUUCAGGUGGACAAAGUAAACUUCCACAUGUUUGAUGUUGGCGGGCAAAGAGAUGAACGCCGAAAAUGGAUCCAGUGUUUUAAUGAUGUGACUGCUAUCAUAUUUGUGGUGGCGAGCAGUAGCUACAAUAUGGUCAUACGAGAGGACAAUCAGACCAACCGGCUUCAAGAAGCGUUAAACCUUUUCAAGAGUAUCUGGAACAACAGGUGGCUACGGACCAUUUCAGUAAUUCUUUUCCUGAACAAGCAGGAUUUGCUAGCAGAGAAGGUUUUGGCAGGGAAAUCUAAGAUUGAAGACUACUUUCCAGAAUUCGCUCGCUACACUACACCAGAUGAUGCAGCAAUACCGGAACCUGGUGAGGAUCCUAGAGUUACAAGGGCCAAGUAUUUUAUUAGAGAUGAAUUUCUUAGAAUCAGCACAGCAAGUGGAGAUGGAAGACACUACUGUUACCCUCACUUCACCUGUGCAGUGGAUACAGAAAACAUCCGGAGGGUUUUCAAUGACUGUCGGGACAUUAUCCAACGGAUGCACCUUCGUCAAUAUGAGUUAUUGUGAUGGAGAGCACUUUUUCUCUGUUUUGGACUCCUUAUUCCUUAUUAAAAAGAAAAAAAAAACCUUGCCCACAUAGGGUGGAAGAAAAACUGUUGCAAUCUCCCUCUGAUUUGCAUCCCUCAACCUUUUCUCCUUGCUGGACAAAUAGCAGCACUUCUAAGCUUGCUUGUUUCACCCCCUUGGAACAGUUUGAGACGGCCCAUGAAAUGUAAAAGGCCAUUUCUGUGAGCGGGGGCGGGCGGGAGGGGGGGCGUUUUUUUCUCUUAACACUGUCAUUAACAAAAUAAUAAUAAUAAAUAACACCCUGAAAGUGGAACACCUGAGAGGAUUUGGGGUUAAAGUUAAAUAUUAAAAAAGAGAGAAUAUGGGAGAGAGAACUUUAGGUAAUUAGCACUGUUGUGGGCAUAAUCCUACAUCCCAUGAUUUCAACUUUGUUAUCCAUUCACUGCAUCAGACUCGAGAAGGUGCCAAGUCACAGACCAAGUUGAAAGGACAGGUGCUUGAGUUUGGUUCUCUGCCUCUGAAUGUGACUUUUGAACGGAAAUACUGACAAUUCUACAGCAGAUCUAGACAGUAGAAAACCAACUGCUACCUUCAGAAAGGUGGUGUUGAACCAUGGCGGUCCUAUGGUGACCGGGGACAUUGCUAAAUGAACUGCAUUAUGGCCUGUGAUUGCAGAAAGAGUUAACCACACACUGUUUUUUUCAGUUUGUCCACUGAUGAUCCUGUCUGCUAUAUAGAGAUAUAUAUAUAUAUAUAUAUACAUAUAUAUAUAAAUCAUUAUCUGGACUGUCGUCCUCACAAUCUCCCCUUCUUUCUCUCUCCCCUUCUCCUUCUAUUGCCUUCCCGUAACCUCUCUUCCCAAUUUUUAUUUUACUGCUGGAUUAUUAUUCUUGUACAGACUGUAAAAUGUAUUAUUUUGUACAACUUUAUUGAAAAAAAAAUAACUUGUAGAAGAUCUUUGUGCCUUGAUUAUGGCUGUACCCGUGCAAUGAGCUGAGAUGUAAGUAUGUUUGAUUGCGCUGUACAGCUUUGUCAACCCUAUCUGCAGCAGUUGCUCAAGGUAGGGAAAAUUUAUCUGUAGUUUAGGGUUUUUUUCUGGUUUAUAAAAGGAGGAGGGGGGAAAAAUACUGUUUAGUAUAAAAAGUACAAAUCGUGCAAACGUAACCACUUUAAAAGUGAGGUCUACAACAAGUGACCAGAUGUUGCAGCAUCAUGCUUUUUUAAUUUUUAGCUUUAACUCAUUUAAAUCUCUAUCCAAAUGCAAAACAUGGCUUGUUUCUACAUAAACCAAAUUUUGCUACAAAUUA